AUGUCAUUGAUUUCCUUCUUUUCCUUCUUUCUCCCGCACUUACCAGAUCUCGUAACGGCUAGGAAUGACGGAGCGAACUAUUCGACAUCUCAUCCUGCUGCAGCUCAUCCGCCUGAUAUAUCUCUGAUCUCCGGUGCCGGCUCUGGAUUAUCAGAUAACACACCUGUUUUCCCUGAUAAGCGUAUGUGUCGGUCUUAUCACGACGUGAUCCAAUGA